AUGACUACAGUCAAAAGUAAAACAUUUAAAUGGUCGUUAGAUUUUACAAGAAACAAACAUGAAAAAUCGACAGACAAUGUAAGUCCACCAGGAUAUAGUCAAUUAGCUGGACAAAAUGGUACUGAACUUACAAGAGACAGUGAAUCCAGUAGACUAAUUAUUAAAAAAUCUUGGGAUCUAGCAUUAGGACCACUAAAACAAGUGCCAAUGAACUUGUUUAUUAUGUAUAUGGCCGGAAACUCGAUUUCUAUUUUUCCGAUCAUGAUGGUUGGUAUGUUGAUAGUAAGACCAGUCAAAGCAUUAUUUACACUACAAACGACAUUUAAAACCAUUGAAGGAACACAAGCUUGGGGUCAAAAAUUUAUAUUCUUCAUUGGAAAUUGCGUUAAUAUUGUUUUAGCAUUAUACAAAUGUCAAUCUAUGGGUUUAUUACCAACACAUGCAUCAGAUUGGCUUGCAUUUAUCAAUCAGCCUACUAGAAUGGAGUACUCUGGAGGUGGCUUUGUUUUAAGUUAA